AUGGCGCGUCGACGUGACCAUCGUGACGGUAUAUGCGUCGUCUCGCAUCGAGGCCAGGAGAUGUUUCAUGUUGCCAUCAUGGGCUUCUGUAAUAGCGUACCCUACGUCCAACGCCAGAUGGAUCUGCUCUUGAAGGAGUUCACCGACUUCUGCCGUGCAUACCUCGACGAUAUCGUCGUGGCGUCAGACACCUUUGACCUCUAUAUCGAGCAUCUGACCCUUGUCUUAGGGGUACUCGAGAAACACUCGGUAUCUCUGGAACCCAAGAAAGCAUACAUUGCUUUCCCCGAGGUCUCGCUUUUGGGCCAGCGGGUGGACGCGCUAGGUAUGACCACGCCCGAAGACAAGAUCAAGGCCAUCGCCGGUCUGGAAUUUCCCUGUACGCUGCGUCAGUUGGAGACAUACCUAGGUAUGACCGGCGCAUUACGCCAGUACGUUCCGCUCUACGCGAAAAAGUCAGAAGCACUACAGAUCCGCAAGACUGAGCUCUUGCGUGGAAGCCCAGUCAAGGGCCGUCCGCGUCGAGAGUGGUCUGCCCGCACACGGUACGCACAUCCGACGGAGCGCGAGUUGGCCUCGUUCGACGCCAUACCGGCAGUCUUUCUAGAUCCCCGGUGGCUAGCGCACUAG